AUGCUUCGCAAGGACAACCCGAGCGUCUCCCUGGCGACCCUACCUUUGUUAAACGGUAAAGCCUACGCAAUUUUCGACCCGACUAUGAUCCACGCGGUACUGCGAUCAAAGUCAGCGAUUUUUGAGCCCUUCAUCAUCAACCUUGCUACGAUGGCAUUCAACCUCUCCAAGAAGAGUCUUACAAAAGUCAUUGAAGACGACAGCCUUCUACCAGACCUGACCACUUCCUAUAGCCUAGGGUUUAAGACCCAACCUCUAAGGACCAUGACUCGUCGCUUUUUGGACAACAUUUCACGCAAGCUAGAUAUGAUUGACAACGACGCGUACACGACUGAUCCCUCAAAUGCGGGCAGAGAAACGCUGACCAACCAAACACUGGAGGUGAAGAAUCUGUAUCUAUGGUCCAGAGAUAUAAUGACGCUGUCAAUGACGAACGCUCUUUAUGGCGACUGCAAUCCUUACUCGGAGGACCCCAGUUUAAUUUCUGUUCUCUGGGAGUUCGAGGAUGCCCUUCCGUCAUUUCUCAAAUCGCUUUUCCCCUCAAUCACGAUGCCCAGUGGUUAUCGUGCGAGGAAGCGACUGCACGAGGCCAUGACGAAGUACUAUAGCGAGAAAUGCGAUGCUAUCGACCCCACAACGUCCGUCUUGAUCAAACAGAGGGCGGAGACUUUUCGGCAGCACGGAUUUGACGGGGAGGACAUCGCCAAGAUAGAGACCCUACAAGCUGUGAUUGCCACCACCAAUGCCACGCCGACGUUCUUCUGGCUGCUCACUUUCGUGUUGAGCCGGCCCGAAUUAUUCGCACGGCUGCGCGCUGAGCUCGAAGGCGCUCUUGUAUUCGAACCCACAGCAGCGUCUGGCGACUCGGCAAAGGCCAAACCCAAAACCGCGACAUUGGAUGUUAGUCGACUUGAAGACCAGCUGCCCCUCAUGACGAGCUGUUACCGCGAGACACUACGGAUGAUCAAUCAUGCAGUCAGCAUGCGCCGCAUCACAGCGGACAUGUCUCUCACAGCAGCAGACGGGAAAACAUACUUGCUGAGGGAGGGAUAUGAUGUUCAAUUGCCGGCAGGCGUCGGUCAUGGAGACAUGGGGAUCUGGGGCCCGGACGCUGACGUGUUCAAGGCGGAGCGAUUCCUGCCCGAAGCACAGGACUCCAAGGCACAGACUUCACAUCACCAAUCGCGGGUAGAGCGCACUCGCAAAGCUGCGUUCUUGCCAUUUGGCGGAGGUAAGCACCUCUGCCCCGGGAGAGUCAUGGCUUUUGAAGGGAUUCUGGGAUUCAUGGCGUUGGUACUAUUGCGCGUGGAACUGGAGCCCCUGGGGAUGGGCUUCGACGACGUCAAGAUGGGCGGGGCGAAGAUGACAGCAGCAUCCUGCAAGCCUGUCAACGACGGAGCAGGUCUUGGGGCCCGGAUCAAGCGGCGACCUGGCUGGGAAACAACAAGAAUUGUCAUCAAGAGUGCGUAA